CAAAAAAAAAAAAACUUCUUAUAAAUUAUAAAAACUUAAAUGGAGCAAUUUUUUUAACAAUUUAAUUUGCGUACCUCACAAUUAGUGACAAACCGAUCCGGUCCGAUCUUAAGUGAACUAGUCAAUUCAGAAACCAAACCAAAAGAAAGUAGUAAUUGAAAGGAACAACACGCGUGGAUCUAAAGAGAGUAAAAACAAGGAAGAGUACUUUAACUUUGCCGACUGAAAAAAGUAAGUGCGGUGUUUAAUGGGUUUGUCACCAACUUUACGUUUUCUUACAAACGAAGACGAAACCCCCCCAAAAAAAAAAAAGAAGAAACAGUAAAAUUGGAAGUUGGAAGGAUAGAGAGAAUUAAAAAAAAAGAAAAAAAAAAAGGAAGCAUCUUUGGAGUUGUUGGGAGAGAGAGAGAUAUGGAGAGGAGAAAGGUUGUGAUGUGUUGUGUAUUAUCUCUACUUGGUUUAUUAUCAGCUGUUACUGCCUUCGCCGCUGAAGCUACUCGAGUCAAGAGAUCUCAAGUCAAGGUUACCACCGAAACAAAUUCAAUAAAAAAAUGCAGCUAUCCAAGAAGUCCAGCUUACGAUCUCGGCUUCACUUCAGCUUUCUCUCUGAUGAUGGCUCACAUGAUAGUCACUUUCUGUUAUAGAAAAGGUCCUUCUAUCUCCUUAAUCUGCUUUGUUUUUUCCUGGUUCACUUUUGUAAUAGCUUUGCUUGUGCUGUUUACUGGAGCUUCAUUCAACGAUGAACACACCGAGGAUUCAACGGAUUUUGUUGGUCCCUACUUUUGCUACAUUGUGAAACCAGGCGUUUUCUCUAUCGGUGCUGUGCUUUCGCUUGUUACUACUGCCCUCGAGAUUGUCUACUAUUUAUCUUUGAGCUCAACAAGUAAGCAUGAUGUUGCUGCCACAAUGACACCGGCGAACCAAGGAGCAGGUAUAGCAAUGGGGCAGGCUCAGAUUCCAGAGAGAGUCGAAGAUCCUGUCUUUGUUCAUGAGGGUACUUACACGAGGAGACAGUUCACUUAAAACAGACAAGGCGUUGCUUGUGAAGCACGUUUAGGUGUAGGAGGGCAUAAAGAGUAAAAAGGGGUUUGUGUUUGUGAUUCUUGUAUGUGUCAAAUUUGGGCUUUACUAUGGGUUUCCAACUCAAAACCAAUUGGCAAUGAGUAGAGAGACCCUAACCCUUUAUAUAAUACUCAAGUCCCUUUACAUCUAUCAGAUGUGGGAUAUUUUCUCCACAGUAUGUGAGAUUAAAGACUAUGAAAACUUUGUAAUGAUUGCUAAUGUUGUUGGAAGUAGAAAACCUUGGGGACCCUAAAAACGUCACUUGUUAUGCA